AUGUCUGACGUUACUGACAAGACUGCUGAACAAUUGGAGCAACUAAACAUCCAAGAUGACCAGCAAACUGAGCCAACUUCUACUGAAUCUGAGGCUCCAAAGGUUGAGACAUCUUCAGCUUCCUUGUACGUUGGUGAGUUGGAUCCAACUGUGACUGAAGCUUUGUUGUACGACAUCUUUUCACCAAUCGGUUCCGUCUCUUCUAUUCGUGUUUGCCGUGACGCCAUCACCAAGACUUCUUUGGGCUAUGCUUAUGUGAACUUCCACGACCACAACGCUGGUAGAGUCGCAAUCGAAAAGUUGAACUAUACCCCAAUCAAGGGCAGACCAUGCCGUAUCAUGUGGUCUCAACGUGAUCCUUCUCUAAGAAAGAAGGGCUCUGGUAACAUUUUCAUCAAGAACUUGCACCCAGCCAUUGACAACAAGGCUCUACAUGACACUUUCUCUGUCUUCGGCAACAUUCUUUCUUGUAAGAUCGCCACCGAUGAAACUGGAAAAUCGAAGGGUUUUGGUUUCGUUCACUUCGAAGAGGAAGAAGCUGCCAAUGAAGCUAUCGAUGCCAUAAAUGGUAUGUUGUUGAACGGCCAAGAAGUGUACGUCGCCCACCACGUUUCCAAGAAGGACCGUCAGUCCAAGAUUGAAGAGGCCAAGUCUCAAUUCACUAACGUCUACGUGAAGAACGUCGAACCUGAGACCACUCAAGAGGAAUUCGAGCAGUUGUUCGAGAAGUUUGGCAAGAUUACCUCCGCUGUUUUGGAAAAGGAUGCGGAAGGCAAGUCCAGGGGUUUCGGUUUCGUUAACUUUGAAGACCACGAAGCCGCUGCCAAGGCCGUCGAGGAGUUGAACGACCUUGAUUUCAAGGGACAAAAGCUAUACGUUGGCCGCGCUCAAAAGAAGUAUGAACGUUUGCAAGAAUUAAAGAAGCAAUACGAAGCCUCUAGAAUGGAAAAGUUGACCAAGUACCAAGGUGUCAACUUGUUCGUUAAGAACCUGGAUGACAGCGUCGAUGACGAAAAAUUGAGAGAAGAGUUCUCUCCAUACGGUACCAUCACUUCUGUCAAGGUCAUGAGAGAUGAUGCUGGAAACUCCAAGGGAUUUGGUUUCGUCUGCUUCUCUGCUCCUGAGGAAGCUACCAAGGCCAUUACCGAAAAGAACCAACAGAUCGUUGCUGGCAAACCAUUGUACGUUGCUAUUGCUCAAAGAAAGGACGUCAGACGUUCUCAACUAGCUCAACAGAUUCAAGCUAGAAACCAAAUGAGAUACCAACAAGUCACCGCUGCUGCUGCCGCCGCUGCCGGUAUGCCUGGUCAAUUUAUGCAACCAAUGUUUUAUGGUGUUAUGCCUCCAAGAGGAGUUCCAUUUAACGGUCCUAACCCUCAACAAAUGGCUGCUAUGGGUGGCAUGCCAAAGAAUGGCGUUCCUCCACAACAAUUUGGUAGACCAAACGGCCCAAUGUACGGUGUUCCACCUCAAGGUCCUCAAGGUGGCUUCCCAAGAAACGGCAACCAAUUCUUCCACCAAAAGCAGAGACAAGCUUUGGGUGAACAGCUUUACAAGAAGGUCUCUGCCAAGACCCAAGAUGAGGAAGCUGCUGGUAAGAUUACCGGUAUGAUUUUGGACUUGCCACCACAAGAAGUGGUUCCAUUGUUGGAAAACGAUGAAUUGUUCGAACAACACUUCAAGGAAGCUUUCGCUGCCUACGAGUCUUUCAAGCAGGACCAAGAAGCUCAGGGUCAAGUUGCUCCAGUCACUGAACAGGCUUGA